CCACACACAGCUGGAUGCUGUCCGGCCUUUUAAAAGGGGAUUUAUGUGGAGCUUACUUUAGAAUGACUACAGAGAACUGCACAAUAAACAAGACCUUUUUAGGGCUGUAAAUGCAGCUCAAUUGAAUUAGGAAAUAAUUACAAAAUAUUUAUUUUAAAAGGUGAUCACUUUUCCACAUUUGGCUUUUAGAUUUUUUUCAGCACACCUUCCUUAAUUGUUCACAGGGGAUAUCUGACAGGCAUCACAUUUUUGGCUACAAACAGUGAGGAUAUCCACACCGACUACACUGAAAACCUACAUGAGAGAGAAUGAGCCUCCCAGCGCACAGCAGGGUUCGGCACUGACAGACACGUUGUUACACAUAGGAGUGCAAAAUCUCUCUUCAUUUUUGGCACUCCCCCUCCUCCUCCCAGCAUCUCUAAUAAGACACAUGCUCCUGGGCUGGGCUGUUCACUCACACCAGCCUUUCUGGCUUCUGCCGCUUCACACCACACACUCCUUACAGUCCUGCAUGGCUUCAUGGGUGAAAGAGCUGUGCCCUUUCUGCUCACACAUUCAUUAUCUCACCACCUAUCUCCACACCUGAGUCCAGCACUGCACCCCUACUUCCCUAUCAUCCUUACCCUCAGCGUUAUGGCUUUUGCCGUGGGUGUGUUUGGUUUUGCAGCUGUAUUACUCUCUGCCCAAGGAAGGGGAGUCCACAGUGGGCAGUAAGCAGAUCCACCUGCCUCAUCGUAGUAAAGGGGGACAUCUCGUCACAUCCAUCUUCCUGCAGGGGGAGUGCCAGCACCGCUGGGCAGCAGGGAUUAUGCAGCUGGGAUUGCUGGUACUGGUGGUGGUCUUCCUCAGCUCUAUGGAUUACAGUGACAGCCUCAAACCCUCGAGAGGAAGGAGGCAGAGACACACAGCUAGUACCGAAGGGCCAGCAUCAUGCUCCAGUGGCUGUGAAAGCUGCUCCGAAUACAACGGAUGCACAAAAUGUCGACCACGGCUUUUCAUCCUCCUUGAAAGAAAUGACAUCCGUCAAACAGGGGUGUGUCUUGCCACUUGUCCUGUUGGAUAUUACGGCAUUCGAAAUCGGGAUGUAAACAGGUGCACGCAAUGCAAAAUAGAAAACUGUGCUGACUGUUUCAGUCGAACAUUUUGUGCUAAAUGUAAGGAGGGCUUAUAUUCAUACAGUGGCCGGUGUUACCACAGCUGCCCUGAAGGCUUAAUUACUGUCAACAGCACCAUGGAGUGUGUAGUGCGAUGUGAGCUGGGUGAAUGGAGUCCAUGGGGCCCUUGCAUGAAGAAAAACAAAACAUGUGGUUUCAAAAAGGGCAGCCAAAGCCGUAGGCGGGAGCCUACACAGCCCCCUAGUCCGACCACAAUCAGUGGCUCUGCAUCUCUUUCUACCUGUGCCCCUGAGAGCGAGACACAGAAAUGCAGUGUGCUGAAGAGGAUCCCUUGUGGAAAAGGAGACAAGGGGACAACGCCUAAGAACCAAGGAACAUUAAAUGGCAAAAACCGUGGCCGCGACUCAAAGGAAAGUAAUAGAGGUGGAGGCAAGAGGAGAAAAGCCCAAAGUCCAGCUACUACUGCUCCAUCAGUGAUAACAAGCACCAUCACUUGACCUGACAGUGGCAUAUGGUGGACUAAAAAAUGGAAAGAAGAUGGUCCACCCUGAAAGGCUGCUGAGUGUUACUUUAUGGUGACACUAUCAGACUGAAUUUGAAAAGGAAUAAUACUGCUGCUGCACAUUCAUGAAAAAGCUCAAAGGGAACUGGAGGAUUGCUGCAAUAAGUAAUAAAGUGUGUACAGUUUAUGUUAGACAUAGGGAAAUGAUGUUUCUUUGUGCGUUUGGAAGCACUUUGAAGACUGUCCCUAUGAAGGAUCAUUCUAUUGUAAACAGUGUUUUGUUGCUGAAAUGCUUAGUAUGUCCCGCUUUUAUAUUUGACUACAGACGUCUAUGCCCACAUUAUGAAAGACACUUCAAAUGAGCUCUUCCUUCCAUAUGCUGACUUAUGCACAUUUGCAGUACAUUAGCUUAUUGCUCUUUUCCAAAUCUUACAUUGAUUCAUUUUCUAGUGUUGGCUAUGCUUUAUUUUGUGAAAGGUACCAAUCAAAAGGAAUUGACCCUUCUUUAUUUUCUUGUUAUAUAAUGAAACCAAUGCAAAUCACUGGAACUAAUUUCUGUA